GACUCGAGCAAGCAGAGUGGCGCGGGGUGUUUUGUUUGAGCGCUCGGUCGGGACGUCGGAGUUUCGCGGCGGCAGUAGCGCGAUCAGCCCCGCACGGUACGCACGAUGGUCGCGCAGAAGCACGUGCUCGCGGCCACGCUCCUGUGCGCGCUGGCCGGCCAGCUCGGCGCCGGGGCCAGCCUGCACUGCGCCAUGCGCCGCGAGAUCUCCCCGUGCACCUGCCGCCGCGAGGACUCCAACACCGGUGCCAUCCUCGUCCUCUGCCACCGGAUACAAGCUUACGAAGAAAUCGCGAAAGCCCUCACCAAUAAAUUCAGCCCAGAAACAAAAAUCGGAUUGGACAUAUCCCAUUCGCAGCUGCCGGAUAUUGCAGACCACAGUUUUCGAGAACUAGGCCUCUCUAUCACAAAACUGAAACUGAAUAAUGACAAUCUAAGUGAGCUACCAGAGACCGCGUUCACGCGGCUGGACCUGGUGGACUACUUCAGCGUGUCGGACAACGAGCUGGCCGAGAUCCCGCGCCACGUGGCGCGCCACCUGCCGCACGCCAAGACCCUGGAUCUCUGCCGCAACAAGAUCUCUAAGCUCACUGAGGACGACUUUAAAGACCUACAAGAACUCGAACACUUGUUAAUAGCCAACAAUGAAAUAUCAAAGAUCGAGCGGCACGCCUUACCGAAAGCCCUGAAGCACAUUCACCUUGGCAUCAACAGCUUGAACAGCCUAAAUGGCGCACUUAGAGAUUUGGAUGAGCUGGAGUGGAUUUUCAUUAAUGCUAACAAUCUGAAAUCCCUCGAAAAUGAAUUGCCAACCAAGUCCAAAAAGAUAUCCUUCAUACAUGCCGCACAAAACGAGCUGCAAAGUUUGCCCAAAGACCUCAGGCAAAUGCCUACGUUGGACUCCCUAUUUUUUUAUGACAAUAACAUCAAACUGUUGGAUGGGGCACUGCAAAAAUCUCGAAAAUUAACAAAGAUCAAUCUCUCAUUUAAUGAAAUCGAAAGCUUAGCUGAAGAUGAAUUUGCAGAAGCUGAAGUUUUGGCAUAUCUCGACAUUUCGUACAAUCAAAUAAAAUCACUGAAUGGUUCCUUGAGAAGCCUCAAGUCGUUGCGCUACUUGAAUUUAACCUAUAACGCUUUAACAGAGUUUUCUCUGCAAGAAAUAAAAGGAUUAAAGAAAUUAGAUGUAAUCGAUUUUUCGCACAAUAAAAUUAAUCACAUUACUGGAAAUAUGGAGAACCUAGUUGACGUAGAGACUAAAGUUCUGGAGUUGCGCCUGGACCACAACCAUCUCGUGACCCUCGGCGGCGCCCUGAUUGGGUUCCACGGCCUCAUGAGGCUCAACCUGAGCAACAACCAGCUGCAGCAGGUGUCAUCGGACGACCUCAACGGCUUGGAGGACUUAAAAGUUCUCGAUUUAUCGUUCAACGACAUCGCGACGCUGGAAGAAACUUCUAAGUCAUUUUUGCCAUCUCUUGAGGAGCUAAUCGCCCACCACAACAACAUUAGCGCCCUGGACAAGGACUUCCACGGGCUGCCGUCGCUGUGCAUGGCGGACCUGUCCUACAACAAGAUCCGCUCCAUCAACUACGACCUCGUGUCCAAGACGCGGUGUACCAUCAACGGAGUGCCCAGUAAACUGAAGAUAUAUCUUCAAGAUAAUCCGGUAUUGUGCGACGAACGGAUGAAUGAAAUGGUGAUGAUGCUGGAGAACCUGAACGCCCGGGUGAGCGGGUCGUCGACGUGCCUGGGCACGCAGACGGCGGCGCCCGUGCUCAGCAUGCGCGCGCUGAGCGACGGCGCGCCGCGGCAGGACGCUGCCGUCAUCGUGGUGGCGCACCUGCUGCCGCACGACGACCAACGCCCGCUGCCGUUGCCGCUGCCGCCCGCGUUCCGGCGCGUCGGCGCCAUCAUCGGCCACGUGCUGCCCGAGGGCGGGCUGCCCGUGGUGGUGGACCCGCCCGUCACGCUGCCGCCCACCACCAACGUCGUCGUCAAGUGGCCCGACGACCAGCACCCGCACCCGCACCCGCUCGCGGACCUGCGCCUGCGCGACCUCAACGCGCCGGCGCAGUGAGCCGCCUCCGCCUCCGGGAACUCAGUGCUGCGCCCUAACUAAACGUACUGAUCACCACCCCGGCCCGAACAGGGCAGUGACUCUAACUCGGCCGAGUGCACUCAUUAUUAUAUAACUACCAAAAGUAGCUACUUCCUACAUGUUUAGAGCUGAGAUGUAUAUAAGUAGUAGUAUUUUUAUAGCCACUGACGACGCAUUCUACUGAUUUAGGUAUUUACGCAGCGUCAAAUAAGUGGUUGUACCUAAUGUGCGAGCACGUAAGUAAUAAUAAGUGUAACAACAUGAAUAGUGUCCACAGGGCGUUUCGUGAAGAACCGUUUUCCAGUAGCGCCGUCGGGCUAUAGGCGUAGGUGCCUUGCCAGCUCUUGAGGGAUAGAUACUACAGAUAGAGCCUUACUUUACAUGUACGUCCGGCGUAUAAACCAAGAUACAAUAAAAUAUUUUAACAAAUUGUUGGUGCCAAGAGCUCCUUUAAGGGUAAAUUAGCCAGAAGUCUUAGUCGAGACUCGUCAAUAGGUACUCGACGCGUCUCUGAAACAAAUGUAGGUAUGCUAAUAUUUUUGCAAUAAAGAAAUUGUGCGGAUAUUUCUUGUGACAUUUUAAAAUUAAUUAGGAUCAGGAUUGUUACAAAUUGCUGUUUGAAAACAUUUUUAUAAACCUAUUGCCCUAUCAAACACUUUUCUGAAAAAAGUCCUAGGUGUUUAGAAUUUGUUAGGGCUUCUCCGUAAUAAAGUUAUUUUAGAUAGCUUUUAACUGCAUAUUUAAAACUGGUAUAUUUUGGAUAAUAUUGCAUUGUCGCCGAAAUAAUCCAAGCAAACAGCUGAAUCAGACGCAAGACCAAAGAUUUGAAUUAAGUUUUAUCACAAAAGUAUACGCGGAAGAGUCGCGCUGAUUGUCACAAAUAUUUACUAUAGAUGUGCGAAAUGUUGUCCUUCGUAUUUUCACGGAAACUCACGAGCGUGCAGUCAUGCUACUCGUAUUUCAGUCAGGCUCAGUACAAGAAGUACUAACGCUGACCGAGCACGACAAACACGAACGUUUCCGAAAGAAAGAGAAAACACGAUAAAAAACCAUUUUUGCAUAGAUGUAUAUCUAAUCUUAUGAAUAUCCAAUAAAAUUAGGGCAGCACUAGUCGUGCAUUUAGCUUAUUUUAAUUGAAGAGUGAAAGCAAGCAUUCUCAUAUAAAUUAAAAAACUUCAUAUCAGAUUCAUAGGCAGGCAGGCAUGGUCGCGCGAUAAAUGAUAAAACAUCAUGCCGUCUCUAUCGCACUAUUUCUAAGUGCGACAGUGACGGCCCGAUGUUUUAUCGUUUACCGCGCGACCAUGCUAUCGGUGUAGAUUACCUGAUUUGUAUUACAAUAUAAACAAUAAAAGCACUCACUAUUUUUUAUACUGUUAUUAUGUACAUAAGCUACAUACUUAUUGGGAAAUAAAUAUUUUUUUAUAUAUAUACAGUUUUUUUUUAAAUUAGGUCUGUAAUACAGUGUGCGGAAAUACAAUUGAGUGAACUGGUAACUAGAUGGCCCUUAAAAAUGUAUUUGAACAGACUGAUAAUUGUAUCUAGCUCGACAGCCAUUAAAGUCUAAGGCCCUGGGAGAUUAGCAUUUGGCUCUUGAUGGAUUCAUUGCUUCUCAAAUAUUAGAAAAUUAGUAUAGAAAAGUAUUUUAGUCAAGUACAGAAAGCUUUAUUUGACGUGCAUAUGCGCAUUGUAAUAUGCCUACUUGGAAAAUAAAUAAAUAUUUCAAUAUUUAUUUCAUAUUUCAAAGUAACCGAAUUUUACGACCAAUUAAUUUGUCUUUUUCCUCAUGGAUAUUAACUAUUACUUUGACUGCACUGACAUCAUCUUAGUAUGUUUUUAUAUGGCCACCAAAGGCUUGCAAGGAUGGAAGAAAAACCAAAGAUUUAAUCCUCAUGCAUUUCCCAACAAGAAUUCUAUUUUGUAAAUUAUGCGAACAUUCAAUGAAGUAAUUCGUUACGGUAAUGGUAGUAUUUAACUAGUAGUUGACAUUGUCGAAUUUUCUUGAAGGGGAAUAAAAGUAAUUUAUGUAACAAAUAUUAUUACUUAGUUUAAGCUUAAAUAUUUUAUUAGUGUUAUUUAUACUGUCCAUUAACAAUAGCUUUAAGAGAGUAAUUAGAUACGAAACCGCAAAGCCGGAAUAAUUGAUUCAAUUGAAAGAGACUAUAAAAAGGUAAAUCCUGCGAUUUAUUAAUGACCUAUCUACCCAACCUACAUGUACCUACCUAAUCUAAAUAUUCUAAAGUUUUCUAUAGGAAAAUGUAACCUGUCUAUCAAUAGUAAUGAAAAGCUCAUUACUCCAAAAUAUAAUUAUUAACCUUGUAUCUACUAGUUGUUGUUUCGAAUAAAUAAAAGUUUAAAAUGCUAA